GGCCUGGCUCCCCUCGCCUCGCCUCGCCUCCUUUCCUCUGCUUGGCCUCCUCCGCCGCAGCCAUGAAUUCCGCGGAGCAGACCGUUACAUGGCUGAUCACCCUGGGGGUGCUGGAGUCGCCCAAGAAGAGCAUCUCGGACCCGGAGGGCUUCCUGCAGGCCUCGCUCAAGGACGGCGUGGUGCUCUGCAGGCUCCUCGACCGCCUCCUCCCCGGCACCAUCGACAAAGUCUACCCGGAGCCGCGCACCGAGGCCGAGUGCCUGAGCAACAUCCGCGAGUUCCUGCGCGCCUGCGGAGCCACCCUGCGCCUGGAGACCUUUGAUGCAAAUGAUUUGUAUCAAGGACAGAACUUCAACAAGGUGCUCAGCUCUUUAGUUGCACUAAAUAAAGUCACAGCAGACAUUGGGCUGGGAAGUGAUUCUGUAUGUGCGAGGCCAUCGUCUCAUCGGAUAAAGUCGUUUGAUUCUUUAGGCUCCCAGUCUUUACACAGCAGAACUUCAAAACUUUUUCAGGGCCAGUAUAGAAGUCUGGAUAUGACAGACAACAGCAACCACCAGAUGGUGGUAAGGGCAAAAUUUAAUUUUCAGCAGACCAAUGAAGAUGAACUUUCUUUUACAAAAGGAGAUAUUAUCCACGUUACAAGAGUAGAAGAAGGAGGCUGGUGGGAAGGAACUUACAAUGGCAAGACAGGGUGGUUUCCUAGCAAUUAUGUAAGAGAAGUCAAAUCAAGCGAAAAACCAGUCUCCCCCAAAUCAGGAUCCCUAAAGAGUCCUCCAAAAGGCUUUGACACAUCUUCUAUUAGCAAAAGCUAUUAUAAUGUGGUGCUACAAAACAUUCUAGAAACAGAAAAUGAAUAUGCUAAAGAGCUACAGACCAUGCUUUCUAACUACCUACGGCCCUUACAAGUUAGUGAAAAGUUAAACUCUACAGAUACUUCCUAUUUAAUGGGAAACCUAGAAGAAAUCAGUUCUUUUCAGCAGAUGCUUGUACAGUCUUUAGAAGAAUGCACCAAGUUGCCUGAAGCUCAGCAGAGAGUUGGUGGUUGCUUUCUAAAUCUGAUGCCACAAACCAAAAGUCUAUACCUUGCAUAUUGUGCCAACCAUCCGUCAGCAGUAACUGUUCUCACAGAACAUAGUGAAGAGCUAGGAGAAUUCAUGGAAAUGAAAGGAGCCAACAGUCCUGGGAUUCUUGUAUUGACAACGGGCCUCAGCAAACCAUUUAUGCGCCUGGAUAAAUACCCUACGUUACUCAAAGAGCUUGAAAGACACAUGGAGGAUUAUCAUCCAGAUCGACCUGACAUUCAAAAAUCCAUGACAGCCUUCAAAAAUCUUUCUGCACAGUGUCAAGAAGUACGGAAAAGGAAGGAACUUGAACUCCAGAUACUAACAGAAGCCAUCCGCUGUUGGGAAGGAGAGGACAUCAAAACAUUGGGAAAUGUUAUUUACAUGUCACAAGUCAUGAUUCAAUGUGCUGGUAGUGAGGAAAAGAAUGAAAGAUACUUGCUCCUCUUUCCUAACAUUUUGCUCAUGUUGUCUGCCAGCCCUAGGAUGAGUGGAUUUAUCUAUCAGGGAAAACUGCCACUGACAGGCAUGACCAUUGUAAAACUAGAAGAUAGUGAUAAUCACAGAAAUGCAUUUGAAAUUUCAGGAAAUAUGAUUGAACGGAUUCUAGUAUCUUGUAAUAAUCAACAAGAUUUGCAUGAAUGGGUGGAACAUCUGCAAAAGCAAACCAAAGUGACAGCUAUUGGGACUCCUAUUAUUAAACCUCAUUCUGUGCCAUCUCACACGCUUCCUUCUCAUCCUUUAACACCAUCCAGCAGGCAUGCAGAUAGUAAGCAAAUGCCACUAACUCCAGUGUACCACACUCUUCCACAUCCUUCACACCAUGGGACGCCUCAUACCACUAUAAACUGGGGACCCCUGGAGCCUCCUAAAACUCCCAAGCCAUGGAGUUUGAGCUGUUUACGACCAGCACCUCCAUUACGGCCUUCAGCAGCACUCUGUUACAAAGAGGAUCUCAGCAAAAGUCCUAAAACCAUGAAAAAACUGCUCCCCAAGCGAAAGCCUGAAAGGAAACCAUCAGAAGAAGAAUUUGCACUGAGAAAAAGUACUGCUGCAUUAGAAGAAGAUGCUCAGAUACUAAAAGUAAUAGAAGCUUACUGCACAAGUGCCAAAACACGCCAAACAUUAAAUUCAACAUGGCAAGGCACUGACCUGAUGCAUAAUCACGUCUUGGCUGAUGAUGACCAAUCAAGUCUAGACUCCUUGGGUCGUCGCAGUAGCCUUUCUCGUUUGGAGCCUUCCGACCUCUCUGAAGACUCUGACUAUGACAGUAUAUGGACAGCCCAUAGUUACAGAAUGGGGUCUACAUCUCGCUCCCGUAAAGAAUCUGCUCCCCAAGUGCUGCUUCCAGAGGAGGAGAAAAUAAUUGUAGAAGAAACAAAAAGUAAUGGUCAGACUGUGAUAGAAGAAAAAAGUCUUGUUGACACAGUAUAUGCAUUAAAGGAUGAAGUACAGGAAUUAAGACAGGAUAACAAAAAGAUGAAGAAAUCACUGGAAGAAGAACAAAGGGCUCGCAAGGAGCUUGAAAAACUUGUCCGAAAAGUUCUGAAAAGUAUGAAUGAUCCUUCUUGGGAUGAAACCAAUUUAUAACAGAUUAUCAUUUCUUUCUUUCUGUUGAAAGACCAGUUGUCAAUCAAGCUGGGAAAGCUUCUGACAUUUCGUCAGUGUUUCAUUGAGAGCACUACAAGACAGGACUUUGAACUGGAUUUAUUUUUUUUUUCUUUCCUACAAUGUAUAAUAAUAUUCAGUACAUUCACUGAAACUGUCUGUACUUAAGUGUAGAUAGCAUGGACCCUAAACUUGACUCGACUAAACUUGUUUGCAUUUAAAUUACCUCAUCUUGCAGCAAGUGCAACAGCUGGCUAUGAAGUCCCUGGUGUUCUGCCCUCUCCUCUUUGUAAAUACCUGUGAUUUUGAAUGCAAAUGUGAUUCAUGUAUCAGGACUGAUAUAGUGUUAUACUAUCUUCCUGUGGAUGCAGCUAAGCGGCAGAAGUGAUGACUGACGCUCUGUUAAAAUGUAUUGAAAAUUCUGCGCUGUUCCAAGGUUGUUUUGACCUGUUCUACUUGUAUUAGACAUUAGUUUGAUUUUUUUUAUGUCCCAGCAUGUUUCCAAGUAUUCAUUGGACUGUUUUAAUAAUUUAAUCCAAUUUAUUUAUGUCUCUUUAAACCUUCCAACACAGUUUUAACAUGUAUUCUAAAACAUCAAACUGACAAUGCAGUAAAAUAUUAAUUGACA